AUGCCAACGAGCCUGCCAACCAGUGGCAUAUCGAUAUAUGCCGAGCUUCUAUCAAACAUAAGACAGGUCUCCGUUAUCGCGAGUCUUCCGACGGCGUCGGGUCCUGGAACCAGCGCAGAGAUUGUUGAGAAUGGCACAGUGGUCCGCAUCAGUCAUGGAGGCCACACAGAGUCCAUGGCCCUGCCAGCACCAGUAUCGCUGGUCACGCCGCUUCCCAUCCCAAAUGCGACGGCAGGUCACCUAAGCUGGCGCAUACCCGCGUCUGACCAGGUGCCCAGUGCGUCUUCGCUGUCCGCCGCGUCCUCGCUUGAGAACCAGCUCCUGCCAUGGAACGCCAUGGAUCUCCAGCCAGCCUCGCCUAUCCGGUGCCGAAAGUGCGGCCAUGAUAUUGUGCAGAAAGGUACCCUCACCUCCUGGAAAGAUCUACCGAGUGAGAAUUGGGCAGAGAUGAUGGAGUUUUGGCAUUGCCAUAAACCACUCGAUCACGGCGCUGCCAAGGACGAUCAGCAUCUGACACAGCGUGGCUACGGUGCUAGCAGCACCAUAUCCGCCCAGCCUCAAGUCGGCUUUGUCGAUCUGACAUCAUUUAUGCUCUCAGAAUCAGAUUGCAGCCACUUGUCUUUCUCAUCCUCCACCCUUGAAACCGGCUACGACAUGAGUAGACUGGCUCUGGAUGAGACUCAGCCUCCCAAGUUCCUCCACGCUUACUGCAGGCCCUGCGGAUCACAGGUUGGUCUCUACAACGUUCUCGCUUCAUCCGUCUCUCUGUUCAAGUGGCAGGUUCUCUGUGAGACGCGGUCGCCUUGCACAGCCCCCACAAGCAACCAGUGCCUCGUUGCCGCCCUGGCAUCUAGUAUAUCACGUUCGGCAUCAUCCAAGUCGGUCAUCUUCCCGCAUGAGUUUUCUCCGUCCGGUGAUGGCACUGAGCUGCAGGUCGCCCUACACCUCUGGGUCCUCAAUUCAAACGUAACAUACGUCUCCUCACUGGCUGAGGGUAAGAAAAGUGCCAUGAAAAUUCUGUUCCGCAGCAUCACGGUCGAUGAAGGGAACAAGCUAGUCGACUCCAUCACGUCGGACGUUCAGGAUAUCAGUUUUCCGUCCUCAGCUAUCAAGACAGCUACCAAUACCUUGGAGUUGAGCAAUACGCUCUUGCCUGCCAGGGAGAGGUCUUUCAAGAGUUGGAAGGUCGGUUUAUUAGAGAGAUGA